CCCCGCCGCGCCCCGCUGCCCUCCAUGCCCCGGCCUCCUGCCCCACUGACCUGGGAUUGCCAGGCAGCACCCCGCCCCUGCGGCACGAAACGGGGUGCUUCCCGUCUGACCACUGCCCACCUUCUCCGAACGGGGACACCGCCGCAAGAGUGACACCGUCCCCCUCCGCGCUCACCGGGACCUCCGCCCGCAAGCGGCCUGCCGGUGCUCUCUGCGCCCUCUUCGUGCAGGAGCCUGGGGGACCCAGGAAAAGGGAGACGGCAGCCAGCGCUUUCUGCGCGUCCUCUCUCCCCUUCUAUUCUCUGGACUCCGGCCCCACCCGCCACAGCUCGCGCGCUAGCCACUAGCGAGAAGCGUGUGUAGGAGGCAGGAGGAGGCUGGAGGAGGAGGUUCUGGGUGCGAGAACCUCAGGAGGCCAGCACUUGGAGGUGGGAGGACAGAGGAGAGGGCGCGGGCCAGGGCCCAGGGCCGUCGCUGUGUGGCAGGAGCCUCUGUGUGGGAGCUCCAAGGUCUGGGUCAUACGGGGACAAGCCCGCUAGACCUCGGGAGGGCAGCCUGGCCUCCACGCUUCGUUGCGAUGCGGUGGCUUGAAGCUCAUCUGAACCCCCGUAAUUCUUCUUCCUGUUCCCUGUGGUCCAUCACUCUUGGGUGCCUGAUCCACCUCCAUCCUCACAGGGAGGAAAGGGACACGAGAUCACCGAUGCCACCAGGCCACAGUGCCGAGUCCUGUUCAUUUUCUCCUCCUUGCGUUACAUUUUUUUAAACCAUCAAAAGUCAUAGUUGCCAGUGGGUGUUAAAUUUGAAAUCUGGGUGGGGGCCCAGUGUGGCAGCUCAUUGAUUGGGUAGCCAUAGGCAAGUCACUUACCCACCCUGCACCCCAGCUUCCUAUGGGAGUACAAGGGCAGCUGUGAGCGGCUCUGAGCACCUGCUAGGCGGGUCCCGUCUCAGUGGCAGUGGCUCCUGCCCACCUGACAGCUGGCGACAUCUGCUCUGUCCGUGUGCGCCAGAUUCCGGGCUCCCGGACGCGCAGUUCCGUUCUUUGUGGUCACCUUCAGACACCUGCAACAAACAGCAAAAAGAUCAGCGACAGCCACCAAACCUGCGGGUUCACCUGUCAGCCCAUGCCCAGCUCAGAAGCUCACUGUCGGGAAAGGGAGAGGCAGUCUGCCUCCGUCUGUCCUUGAACUCCACGGAGAAGCCCCUUCUGUGGUCCCUCCCGAUUCCAUGUUGUUUUCUUUCUUGGCUCUAACACAGAGGAAGCUCUCCCCUCAGGCAGAGUUUAAAUGCAUUACCUCAGGAUGCCAGAUGUCCUGGAGAAGGUUGGAAAUGUGGAGCCGUGGUGAGAAGGCUGGGGAGCCCAGAGGCUGCUGGCUGGCUGCUCUGGCCUGUUUGAAAUUGGCUCAAAAGACGUGGAAUUAGUAGGCAAAGUUGCCUCCGCCUCCUCCUCUUACCUGCGGAGGAGAGAUCGGUUCCUGGCUGGCCGGGGCAGUGUCAUCGAUACAGCUGGUGUCAUCGUUACCUUCCACUAACAGAUCACUCGACACCCGUGGCCCCGGCAGGGCUGUGCCUGGUGCUGUCCCGGGAGCUGGAGCUUUGACCCUCCCAUUGCCCUGAACCCCAGGCCAGCCGGCGAGGCGCUGCUGCGAUGCGGCGCUUGGAGACCCAGCAGGACUAGAUUGUUCCUGGUGCCUGCCUCCCCUUAGGGUCCCAGCCGCCUCUCGGCUUCCUGCUGCCUGGCUGGCCCGGCCCGUUGCUGUCCAGGCAGAGGAGAUGAGUUUGCUGCUUGCUGGGAGCUGAGGCAGUGACAUGCUGCUCGGAGAAGGGGCUCUUGGGGAGGCCCUGGAGUGAGGAGCCGGGUGGGGAGCAGCCUGGGGUGCCCGGCCGUCCGGGCUUUGCUGGUGUGGGCACCCGGGUGGCACCAUGCUGCAGCAGAUCCUGCACGACAUGUACAUCGACCCCGAGCUCCUGGCCGAGCUCAGCGACGUGCAGAAGCACAUCCUCUUCUACAAGAUGCGCGAGGAGCAGCUGCGGCGCUGGCGGGAGCGCGAGGCCUGGGAGGCCCUGGCCCAGGCGGAGGGCCUCAGGCCCCCGAAGGUCAAGCGAGCGAGUGACAAGCACAUCCAGUGGCUGCUGGGGGAAGACGGCGAGGUCUGGGUCUGGAUCAUGGGAGAAGGCCCUGGCGACAAGCCCUAUGAAGAGAUCUCUGAGGAGCUGAUUGCAGAGAAGGCACGGCUUCAGGCACAGAGGGAGGCCGAGGAGCUCUGGAGACAGAAGGAGGCAGAGAUCACCAAGAAGUUCCGGGAUGCUCUGGCCAAUGAGAAAGCCCGGAUCAUGGCGGAGAAGUGGAAAGUGGAGAUGGAGGACCGCAAGGCUGCCAAGGUCCUGGAGGAGCGCAUUCACGAGGAAUUCAAGAGGAAAGAGGAAGAGGAGCGGAAGCGAGGGGAAGAGCAGAUCCGCCGCCAGGAGGAGCAGAGGGCCAGGGAGCUGUACUGGACGCUGAAGCAGGCCCAACUGCAGAGCCAGGCCAGCGAGAAGGAGGAGCGCGAGUGGGAGGAGCAGUUGCGUCGGUCCAAGGCCGCUGACGAGGAGAGAAGGCGCCGAGCCCAGCGCGCCCGGGACGAGUACCGGCGGCUUUCGCUCCGUGCCAUCCAGAAGGGCACCGUCGCUGGCCUCAGCUUCAUGUUCCAAGAGCUUGGCCAGAGCCAUGAGCAGGAGGCCAGACUCUACCACCACUUUCCGGGCCCGGAGCCGCUGCUGCCCCUCGCAGUGCCUGUCAGGACUUGGGAGCGCCCUCUGCGUCCUGUCUCCAGAGAAAUCAUAGUCCGCUGGUUCAAGGAGGAGCAGCUGCCUCGCCAAGCUGGCUUCGAGAGGAACACCAAAGCUAUCGCCCCCUGGUUCCAUGGAAUCAUUAGCCGAGAGGAUGCAGAAGAUCUCCUCGAGAACAUGACCGAGGGAGCGUUUCUGGUCCGGGUCAGUGAGAAAAUCUGGGGCUACACCCUCUCCUACCGCCGGCAGACAGGGUUCAAGCACUUCCUGGUGGAUGCCUCCGGGGACUUCUACAGCUUCCUGGGAGUGGACCCCAAUCGCCACGCCACGCUCACCGAUCUCAUUGAUUUCCACAAGGAAGAAAUCAUCACUGUUUCAGGAGGAGAGCUGCUGCAGGAGCCCUGUGGCCAGAGGGACAGCCCGCCAGACUACCAUCUGCUGUUUGAAUGACAUUUCCCCCUUAGCCACUGGACUCCUUUAGGCAUUCUUUUUUUUUUUGAACCCAUAAACUUCUCAGCUCAAAUCCCUAUGGCCUUCUGGAAGAUUCACCACCAUCCAGAGGAUUAAGUAGAUUAGAAUGUCUCAAGAGAUAUGGAAGAUAUGGCCUAUUGUGCUGCCGGCCCCUGUCCCAUUGCCCAGGGCAGAAAUGGCUACUAGUUGAUGCAGAUCUUUCAUGAUGAGUUUGGAUAGGUUGUCAGAAGAUGAAGCCUAUUUGUUGUGGCUGCUCUAAGCUCAGCUCCCAGAGCCCAUGGAUCAUGUUUUUAUAAUCCAAAAUAAUGCCAGUGCCGAACUCUGAAUUCAACAUAUGGUGUCCAUUCAAUAAAUGUUUG